CAUCAAUCCAACCAUGGCCACGUAUCUCAUCACCGGCUCCUCACGCGGCCUCGGACUAGGCCUAGUAUCUCGCCUGGCAUCACUCCCAUCUUCUGAUGUCGGUGCUGUCAUUGCCACAUCCCGCCAGGACAACUCGCCCCGUCUCCGGGACUUGGUUGACGGCUCAUCUGGCCGGGUGGGGUUCGCACCUAUGGACGUGACGGAUACGAAAAGCAUUCAGGAAGCAGUUGGAAAUGUCAAGGACUGGCUUUCUGGGAGGGGACUGGAUGUUUUGAUUAACAAUGCGGGCGUGAUGCCGGUUACGAAGGGUGGAUUGGAAGCGAUGGACAACCUGAAUGAUACGUUCAAUACGAAUGUUACCGGUGCCCAUCAAGUAACCAAAGAGUUCCUCCCUCUUUUGCGACAGGGAGAGAGGAAGGUUGUUGCGAACAUAUCAACGACUCUGAGCUCCAUGAGCAAGUCGUCAACUUUUGCAUCCAUGUCCGUCCCGGCAUACAAAAUCACCAAAGCAGCAUUGAACAUGCUGACGGUGCAAUACGCCCACGCCCACGCUAAAGAAGGUUUCACCUUCCUAUCCCUAAGUCCGGGUUGGCUCCAAACGGACCUGGGCGGUUCUCGCGCGGACCUGCCUCCAGAAACCGGCGCAGAAGCGGUUGUCGAUAUGGUACGGAAUGCGACGACAGAGCAGAAUGGGAAGUUUCUGAAUAUCCAUGUUCCUGGCUGGGAGGCGAAUCCAGGGUUUAAUCAGUAUGAUGGGAAGGAGGUGCCGUGGUAG